AUGACAUUGGUAAGAGAAAGGAGGCAUCAGGAAGCUCUGAGGCUUUCCUUACCAUCACCUCCAGUUCCCGAACCACAUUUCUGCAAUCAAACCCAAGUCCCAGCCUCCUGUAGCAACUCUCUGGCCACCAACAACCUUUUGAGCCUCGAGAAACUCACAGUUCUCGGCCAUGGCAAUGGCGGUACAGUGUAUAAAGUCCAUCACAAGAAGAACCAAACCUUCUAUGCUUUGAAAGUCCUCAGGUUCAACCAGAAUGCUCUUGAAAUAUCUCGGCAGGCUAAACGUGAGGCGGAGAUUCUCAGAAGAGUGGAUUCCCCAUAUAUUGUGAGGUGCCAUGCAGUUUUUGACAAUAAUUGCAGUGAAUCUCAUGUAAAUGGUGGUGGCGGCGGCAUUAGCUUUGUUAUGGAAUACAUGGAAAGGGGUUCAUUACAUGACGUGUUGAGAGAACACAAAGCACUACCAGAGGAAGUGAUAUCUGUGUUGACAAAGAGAGUUUUGGAAGGACUCAAGUAUUUGCAUGGCAUGAACAUAGUGCACAGAGAUAUCAAACCUUCAAACUUGCUUGUGAAUGACAAAGGGGAGGUGAAGAUCGCAGAUUUUGGAGUCAGUCAUGUGGUAGAAGGAAGGUUUGAGGCAUCAGAUUGUAAUGCAGGCACGUGUGCUUAUAUGAGCCCAGAAAGAGUUGAUCCGGAGAGAUGGGGUGGUGAAAAUAUGGAUGGGUUUGCUGGGGAUGUGUGGUCAGUAGGAGUUUUGAUGUUAGAAUGUCUUCUGGGUCAUUUCCCUUUUACUGAUGCAGGGCAGAAACCAGACUGGGUCACAUUGAUGUGUGUGAUUUGUUCUGGUGAGAAGCUUGAAAUGCCAGAGAAGGCAUCACCAGAGUGCAAAAGCUUUGUGCAGAGAUGUUUAGAGAAGGAUUGGAGGAAAAGAGCAACAGUCGGUGAGCUUCUUGAUCACCCAUUUGUGAGUACCAAGUCUUGCCCUUCUAGCAAAGGAUUGCUCAAUUAUCUUCUGCAUUCUUGAAGUAUACCGCUGGACUCUUCUUUUCCAUUUUCAAAUAAUCUUGAAUCAUAUUUUGGGUUGGGUUUAGGAAGAAAGACAAAAUCUUUUUGUUUGAAAUUAGAAAUUAGGAAGUUCAU